UAUCAACCCACUUGUGCUUCAACUAUCAUCGUAUAUAUUUGUCUGAUUGCUCCAACUCGUGUCAGUAUUCCUCCACAUUUCUACUCUUUUUUUCUCAAGACAUUUUCAUUUCUCUUCAUUGGUGGGAAAUUGCAAGUAAAAAAAAAAGAAUUAUAAUUGAAAGAAGGAAAAAUGGAUACUGUAUUUCAUACUCGUUCUUUGGGAACAGCGGCGGAAGGUGUAAGAGAUCAGUAUGCAGAUGGAACAGCAGCCAAAGUUUGGGAAGUUUUUAUAGGCGAUAAAAAUCAGAGAAAGCAAAAUUAUCGAGAUUUCCUUGUUGGGCUUCUUCGAGAAAGAGGAUGUCAUAGAAUUUUAGAUGUUGCAUGUGGUACAGGAGUCGAUUCUGUAAUGCUAUUAGAAGAAGGUUUUGAGGUAGUUAGCGUUGAUGCCUCAGAUAAGAUGUUAAAAUAUGCUUUGAAAUCUAGAUGGAACAGAAGGAAAGAAGCAGCUUUUGAUAAAUGGGUGAUUGAAGAAGCUAAUUGGUUGACGUUGUACGACGAUAUCUCCCACUUGAUACAAGAUGGCUUUGAUGCUGUGAUUUGUUUAGGGAAUAGUUUUGCUCAUUUACUUGAUUCUUUUGGUGACCAAAGAGAACAGAGGCAAGCAUUGUCAAAUUUUGAACGUUGUGUGAAACCUGGUGGAUUGCUAUUAAUCGACCACAGAAAUUAUGACAAUGCAAUUGAAACAGGAGAAACGCCAACACAAUGCGUUUAUUAUAAUAGUAAACAUUUGCAGCAGAUUAUUACAUCCGUAUUGUUCACAAGUGGAAAACCAACUUUAGUAACGCUGGACUAUAUAAUAGCUUUAAAUGAGGAAAAUAGCAAUCAAUCAGACAGCGUUUGUCAAUUUAGAUUAUCCUAUUAUCCUCACAAGUUGACCGUUUUUCGUGAUAUGCUUAUGGAAGCUUUUCAUCAUCGAGCCAAGCACACUAUUUAUGGUGAUUUUAAAUCCAUUGAGGAAUGCAAAACUCCUGGAUUUUAUAUCCACAUCCUAGAAAAAAGCAGUGGCAGUGGUGGAAAAAAAUAAAAUUUCUUAUGAGAUAUUUUUUAUAAUCUCCUAUGCUCUAACAUAUAAUAAGGAGCAGUUGAAAAAAAUCAAGCACUCGCCAUAUAAGACGAAUUCUCGUAACAAAUAGAGCAUCAUUUAUAUUAUGUACUAUUAUUAUUCUUUGAACUUUGUGCAAGGGUCAAAUAUGUAAUUCAAGCCCUCAAAAAUUAUAUUUUACUUUUUAGAAAUUAAAUUAAAAUGAUUAUCAAUUUGGUAGAUACUUUGUAAUUAAUUAAAAUAUAGUAAUAAAGAUAUCAAAAUAAAUAUUAAAAAUAAUAA